CUUCAUUAACGUAUAAACACUCAUUUGUACAAGUGCGUUUUUAAGAUAUGGCAUUCAAAAAUAUUUUUACCAUUUGUUAAAUAUAGUCAAAUUAAAUCUUAUUAAUAAGAGUUUUUGAGCAAUAAUUAGCCAAUAGUUAUAAGAAAUACUUUUACGUAAAAACAUAGUGUUAAUGUUUUAAUGAUGACUUUACGUAAAUUUUAAUGACUUCAAAGAUAUCACAUACUUAUUUUUUCAAAACUUCUAAAGUGUCGCAGACUUUAAACAUAUUCAACGUAAACAUACAAAAAGGUGAACAAACUUCAAGAUGCUGUCGGGAUGGCGACUUGCUUUGUCGAAAUUAUUCAUAAUACCGCAGCGAUAUGUGUUCGCCAUCAUGGCCGGACUGGCCAUAGCCAACGCGUACACGAUGCGGGUCUGCCUGAACCUGGCCAUCACGCAGAUGGUGAAGAGAGAAGUGUUAGUGGAAGGGGACGCGCACUUUGACCCGGACGCGUGCCCCGACCCGGCGGCGCCUGUCAAUGUCACCAGCUUCAUCCGGGAACUCGCUAGGGUCGACACUGUGAGUUUGUUGUUGUUUUGGAUUUGGAUUUUUAGGUGUUUGUAGAUUAGCCAGUCACUU